AUGGACUCCAAAGAGCUGGAAGCAGGGAAGCUCGUGUUCACAGCAGCACCGCCCACAACAGCCAAAGGCGGAAACGGCGCAAAGCUCAUCAACAGAAGGGCUAUUUUUGUUUUUUGGAUUUUUCUCCAAGUUCAAGAAACCAAAGAUGUCUCCAUGAAAGUACACCCCUCUGGAACUCAAGACCCAGCCAACACCCCACAAACUGACCGGAAGUUCUGCAGAAAUGUGCAGAGGUCAACCAUGAGGCAAAUAUUCCAUUUGGCAAAGCAUCAAGCAAAAAAAUCAGCAUUUUUCCCAACUGUGGUUAAAAUCUGUCCGCAGGUAUCCUUAGGACAGAUUUUAGCCAGUCUGCAAGCUUAUUACAGAUGGAGAGUAUGUCAGGAAGCAGUGUGGGAAGCAUUCCGGAUCUUUCUGGACCACAUCCCUGACCCAGGGGAACACCAGGACUGGGUCGGCACCUGCCAACAGGACACCUGCCUCUUUGACACUGGAAAAAACUUCAGCAACUCCCAGGAGCGCCUAGAUCUUCUUCAGCAGAGAAUAAAACAGAGAACCUUCCCUGAGAGAAAAGAUGAAACAUCUACAGAGGAGAUAUUAGGGGAGCCUGGUCUUAGCAGCGUCUCGCUAGGGCCCCUCCUUCUGCCUCAGGACCACACGCCCCUCGGGGACCCCAGGAUGCCCACAACAGAAAGAGAAGAAGAAUCCACCCAGGUAGCCAAGGGCCCACAGGGGCAGAGGGCGGAGCUGAGCCUCCCUCUGGCGACCCCGAGGGUCAGGGCGGAGCUCGCUGACUCCCUGCGCCCAUCUGCGCCCGAGCUAGCGGCCCCCUCCCGGCUGCAGAUGCAAAAGGUAUUUAAGAAACUUCCAAGAUUCAAAGAAAUCCAGGUGUUAGGAUUCGUAAGAGACCCUGAGGAGGCAGGAAGCCCUGCAGGUGGCCUCCCGUCUUUUGAUUCCAACCAAAUUGGAAGUGGAGGCGUCCCUCCUGGAACGACAGAGGAAGACAAGCAGCCAGAAAAGGCUCUCACGGUUGCAGACCUCAGAAGGCUGAUCAUGAAGACCUGGGGGGACGGACCCCUGGAUGUGGGGACAGUCCGGCUCCCUGAUGAAACUGCUGGGCCCUCCUCAGGCCCCGACCCUGACUCCCAGUCAGCACGGCGCCCACUCCCUGCUGGCAUCACCAAGAAGGCUACUCUGAGCCCAGGGCUUCCUCCUGGCCAACCCAGGCUUGAGACAGAGGAUGGAGCAGGCACCAUGCACCUGGCCAGUCUCUUCCCACAAAGCCCCUAUCAGAUGCCCACGCACACUGACAGCCCUUCCCCAGGGGACCUAGGAAAGGAGCUAAAACCACCAACACCCUCAGCUGCCACACAGCAGCCGCCUCCUCUGGGAGUCGGCCGGACAAGCGCUCAUGGACGCCAGACCCAGCCAGAGACCGGAGGGCACAACGCCGGGUCAGCUCAGAGCCCAGACCCAGGGGCCCUGUCAACCAGCAGCAGGAACCGUGCGCAGGACCGAGCUUUGUCCCCAAACAGCUCUUGGCCUCCCCGCACCAGGACCUCCACCUCCGCGUCAGAUCUGCCUUCCCUUGCUGCGUCCAGCACCUUCCCUCCCACUGAUGAGAGAGCCACAGACAUAAUGCCCAACGACCAGGCGGCACCGACCCCAGGGCUAACGUCCCCACAGACGAUGAUUCUGCCACCAGCCGAGCGGCUCUGGAAAUUUCCCACUUGUCUGCAGCUUCAGAAGGCAGUGGGCUAA